AUGAUCAAUAAAGGAAAUUGUUCAUUAAUUAUCGAUUAUUGUGGACAUCAUGGAGUGUGCGUGGAUAACUCAUGCCAAUGUUUACCCUUUUAUAGUGGUUCCCGGUGCAAUACUUCUUAUUAUGUUUCACUUGGGAAAAUAGGAAGAGUUUGGGAUUUAUUUUUUAUAAUUAGCUUUGGAUUGGUCUUAUCAAAUUUAUUAUUUUUAAUUAUAAACCCAUUUGGAAAAAGAGAAUUAAAAAAUCAGAUCUAUUUGCAACUAUUUGGUGGUUUUGGUAUAUUUUUUAUAUUUUCAUCUUAUUUAUUGGUAUUGGUAUAUUGGAUUAGUUUAUACCAUAGAUCCUAUGGAGAUGGGAAAAAUGGGAUCAAAAGCACUACUAUUAAUCCUUCAGCUCGAAAUUUUUUAUAA